AUGCACAUCAUAUGGCGAGACUCCAGUGACAGCAAAACCUACGAACAAGCACGAGUGAAGAAUGUCUUCAAUCUUGAUCGCCCUAAAUACUUUCCACGUGCUGUAGUCACAGCAACAUGCGCAAAAGAUGCAAUUGCCGCGGUGAAAAUAGCACAGCAGGAAGAGUGUCAACUCGCUGUGAGGUCAGGAGGGCAUUCAACCCCUGUCUGGAGUCUACAAGAACACUCGAUCCUAUUGAACAUGGGAAGCUGGAAAGAGAUCAUCGUGGACACCAAGUCAAACACAGCCAAAGUGACGACAAGCGUUACAGGACAAGAAUUGAAUCGAUAUCUACAAACGCAACAUGGCCUUAUGUUCCCUGCCGGGCAUUGUCCGGAUGUUGGACUCGGAGGGUUUAUGCUUCAAGGAGGCCAGGGAUGGAAUUGUCGAAACUGGGGAUGGGCUGCCGAGAAGCUACUCGCCGUGGAAGUGGUGACAGCUCAGGGAGAGUCGUUGCUCUGCAAUAAAGAACAGCAUCAAGACCUCUACUGGGCUGCCCGCGGAGCAGGGCCAUUCUUCCCGGCAAUCGCGACUAUAUUCCACUUGCAACUUUUACCAUAUCCUGUUGGAUUUCGAUCCUCGGGAUAUAUCUAUCCGGUCAAGAUGUACCGCCAGGCCUUCGACUGGGUUCAAUCUGUUGUUCCAACCGCUGAUCAAGACACCGAGAUCGUCAUGGUGGCAUUCCAUUCCGAACCCGAUCGCGAGGUAUGCUUUAAGGUUCAUUUCAUCACCAUGAAAAGUAGCAUUGCAGAAGCCGAGGCUGCCCUGAUGAAAUUGCAUACCGGCCGCCCUCCUGGAACACUAUCAGAGUGGGUGUGUCAAGAGGAAAGUCUGGAGAACCUCCAUCAAGGCCAAGCAUUGGCAAGUCCGAAAUCUCUUUACUAUUACACGGACAAUGCCUUCAUUGGUGAAGGAGCUAAAGUGACAGAGUUGCUAGAAGAAGGCUUUCUCAGUAUCCCCCCUGGGAAAUCGUGGGCAUUCUGGUCUCCGAUGUAUCCAUACAGUGAACGAGUUGUCUCAGACAUGACAAUGAUCGUGCCAUCAACCCACUACUUCUCAAUGUAUAGUAUUGCUGAAAGCGAAGAUCUGGCUCCGCAAUGCAGGACGUGGGUGGAGGGUACUAUGGCUGGGAUUAGGAAGUAUGCCGUGGGUUCAUACUUGGGCGAAAGUGAUUUCAAUACUUCGCCUGAGUGGUAUUGGGGUGCACGCAAUGCCCGACGCCUUGAACAAGUGCGCCAGACGUGGGACCCGAGUUCUUUGUUUUGCUCUGUGCAUAAACUCUCAAGGAAAUAG